AUUUUAAUGAAAGGAGUUUUUAUUUUGAUUUGUUUAAUUUUUUUUAAAUGUAGAAUAAGUACUUAAAUUAAAAUGAAAUUAAUUUUGUUGAUAUUUCUACAAAUUAAUUUCGCUAUUCAUAUAUUGGCGAUGAAAGUUUCAUUUUUUGGAUCCGGUCAUAUUAAUAUUCCACUACAAGAAUCUAAAACAUCAACCAAUAUAAGACUGAGAUUUCGCACGUUUCAGGAAAGAGCUUUACUUUUCUUAGCAGCUGGAAGGACUGACUAUUGUCUUUUAAAAUUAGACGAAGGAAGAAUAGUUUAUAUCUAUUAUAUUAAUCGCAAUAAAUUAGAGUUGAGAUCACAAGAAAAACUAAUUUUAAACGACUUCCAUUGGCAUGAUGUAUCAAUUCAACGCUAUGAUUCUAAUAUUACUUUUCAAGUUGAUAAUACAUUUGAAAAGAGAUAUUUGCCAGCGGCGAAUGGAGCAAAACUAAUUAUUCAUUUUGGGGCAUUUGUUGGUGGUACUGGAGAUUUUACUGACGAAUAUGUAGAUCAGAUAGAGCCUUUCAGAGGUUGUAUGUCUGAUGUAUUUUACAAUAAUAUAAAUAUAUUGAAAAGGGCAAGAGAGCGAGCUGGACAUGCUUUAAGCGUUGGUGUGUCUUGGAAUUGUAGUGAAGAAUUCAGUGCUUCUGUAUCAGAUGUUAUUAGUUUCAAUAAAGAAAAAUCCUUUGCUUUUUUUCCAAUGAUAUCCAUGAGCAAUGGCGACACAUGGGAAUUUGAAAUUCGUACAAUUGAGGAAGAAGCAUUGUUAUUGUACAAUCGGAAAAUAGAUUUUAUAAUGACAAUAAUAAAAGACAAAAAUUUUUAUUUAAUUAUAUCAAAAGACUCUGAAAUUUUAAAAUUGAAAUCAGAAACUAUGAUUGGAGAUGGUAAAUGGCAUAAAAUACUAUUUAGGUACAAUGCAGCAGCAGCUGAAAUAAUUGUUGAUGAUAUAGAAAGAAUAACAUCUUAUUUCAAUGAGAGCAAAAUUACGAUCGAUCUAGAUGAAGGGUUCAAUUUUGGAUUUUCACCACACGUUAAAUCUUUACCAAUUGCACCCCAUUUUCAUGGUUGCGUUAAGAAUAUGAAAUUCAAUAAUGAACCGACAGGAUUCCCAAAUAUAACUGUAUCGAAUGGUUUGGCAGUAAAUUGUUCAUGGAGCUAUCCAUGCUUUGAAAAUUUUCCUUGCUUACCUAGCUCAAGAUGUAGUCAGUAUAAUUUUGAAGAUUUUAUAUGCAACUGUGAUCAAGCUUUCUGCAUGAGAUCUGAUUAUGCAUUACCAUAUAAAUUAUUUAAUCCAGAUCAUAAUCUAGAAUUGGUUCAAAUCAGCCCAAUGAAAGUCCCAGAAGGCGAAACAAUUUAUUUAAGCGAUGAAUUUAUUAGGGUAUCAUUCGAAUCGCAUAACCAGUUGUAUAAUAGCUCCAAUAUUGUUUUCAGUGUUGUACAUCAACCGAAACACGGAAAGUUGAUCAGAUUACAUUCACCAAACAUUGGCGAAGUAAUAGAGAGCAAAAAUUUUACAUUAUUAGAUUUGAAAACAAAUAAAAUUGCAUAUGUUCAUGACGGGUCUGAAACAUUAAAUGAUCAUUGCUUCAUAGAUUUACAAGUAUUACACGACAAGAAAUUUCAAUCGAAAUAUCUUAAACGUAAAUUAAGAUUUGUUAUUCACUUUGAUAUUGUACCAGUGAAUGAUAGUCCAACAUUGCAAAUCGAAGAAAGAAUUUUAACCGUUGUUCAAAAUGUCCCAAAGCAGUUAAACACAGAUUUUAUAAAAGUCAAAGAUCCAGAUAGUCCAGCGAAAUCACUAGUAUUUUCAAUUGUUGAAUUGGAAGAUCAAAAAUCGAUAAGCCAAUAUGGAAGAUUUUUAGUUAAUGCUCGUCCGGUAAAUAUAUUUACAGCUGAAGAAUUACAAGAAGGCAAAGUUCAAUACAUUUACAAUACUUUGGAUCUAAAUGAAACAAUAUUCGAAAUAAAUUUACAAGUUUCCGAUGGCAUUGAAGCGAGUUAUCCUGUGCCAAUCCGAAUACAAGUUUACCCUCUCGAACUGAAAUUAAUUAACAACACGGGAAUUAUUAUGGUUCACAAAUCCUCAAUUAUAAUAACCAAUCAAAAUUUGGCAUUUGCAACAAAUUCCGAUGAAGGCGAUUCGGAAAUUAAAUACAGUAUUGUUAAAUCCCCUCAAUUUGGUUUAAUUGAAAGGUUUCGAAACGUUGAUGGACUUUGGACAGCAACUGAUUCUUUUACAAGAAAUCAAUUAUUUAUGAAUCAUAUUAGAUACACCCACAUGAAGGACUCACCAUUCCAAGAUGAAUUUAAAUUGACAGCAUCUUGUGGAUCAAUUACUUCAAAAAUAUUCGAUUUUCGAAUUACAUUUACGCGGUUAAGAAUAAUACAGAAAGAUAGAAAAGAAUUAGCCAUUAAUGGAACUAGAGAUGAGGUAAUUACUAACGAAGUUUUAAGUUUCGAUACGACACCAAUUUUAACUACUCCAAGAAAUAUUAUAUAUCAAAUAAAAAAAGAAACCAUGUAUGGAAAAAUAUAUUUUAAUAAUACUAAAUAUGCAAAGGAAAUGGAUUCAUUCACGCAACAAGAUAUUGAUAAAAAACUUUUAACAUACCAGACGCAUAGGAAAUCUUAUUCUAGUUUUAUUGAUUAUCUAGAGUUUGCAGUUAUGGUAUCAGAAUGCGACAUAGUUUUUGGAAAAUUGAAAAUAAUAUUUAACCCACUUAAAGAGGAUAUGAAUAUGUUAACCUACCAAAAUAAAAUGAUAUUUACUGUCAAUGAAGGAGAAGCUGCACCAAUAGAAACUUAUCAUUUUGAUUUGGCGUUUGAUAGAUUUUAUGAGCUUUGUUAUUCAUUAACCAUUCUACCAAAACAUGGUUGGUUAUUACGGUAUGAUGAUUUUGAAGGAAAAGAAGUUCCUACGAAUAAUUUUACUUUGCACGAUCUUGGGGAAAGUCGUAUUCUUUAUCAGCAUGAUGAUACUGAGUCCGAGAUUGAUCAAUUUGAAUUACUAAUUAUGUCACCCAUACAGGAAGAUUUUCAAUAUGUCAGUAAAAUAAAUGUAAAAAUUGAUUUGGUGAAUGAUAAUUCUCCUCAAAGGGAACUAAACAUUCCGUUUUAUGUAGUCAGGAAUACUCAAAAAUUAGUAAAAAAAAGAAAUUUAAAUUAUUUUGACAAUGAUUCAAACUCUAGUCCUCAAACCAUUAUGUUUACUCAUGUUUCGUGCCUUAACGGAGAAUUUCUAAUGGACGGAAAAAAAGUUAAUAAAUUUAGUCAGGAAGAUAUAAAUGAGAAGAGAAUUUAUUUUCAACAUCUUGGACCUGAUAUUGGAACAGCUUCUUUUAUAGUAACUGAUGGCAUUCAUGAAGUUGCAGGAACUUUAGAUAUAAAGGCUUCUGAUCCAUAUGUAAUGGUAUUACCUAAUAAUGCAUCAAUUGUACAAGAAGGCAAAUUUAUUUUAUUAAACACGUUGAAUUUUAACAUUGAGACAAAUGUUAAUGUAGAAUCAGCAGAAAUAAUUUUUAAUAUAAUUGGUCCCCCAAUGUAUGGUUUACUAACAUUUCUAAAAAACAAAUCAAAUAAUUUGAUGGAACAUAAAAUGAAUAAAAGUCAUUCUGCAGAAAAUUUUACAUUACACGAUCUUGAGCAAAACCAGUUAAUUUAUUGGAACACUGAAUCUUCUCCAAUGGAUAAAAUUAGAUAUAAAGUAAUUGUUGGCGAUAUUUUUGCGGAAGGUGAAGUUAUUAUUAAAAUUUUUCCAGCAGUUUUUUGGGAGCCAUUAAAGGUUGAAAAUAAUAAAACUAUUUAUGUUGAAGAGUCAACCAGCAAACUUAUAACAAAAGAUAACCUGCAGAUAACUCAUCCUAAUAUCUCACCAAAUGACAUCACUUACAUUAUAAAAUCGUCACCAUUAUACGGUUACUUAGAAGUUCAAGCUAUGGCUUUAGAAGAUGAAUAUAACAUAAAAGUUUUUGAUCAAGCUGCAAUUAAUUCUGAAAAAGUGUAUUACAUUCAGGCAGGAGUAAAUCAAUCAAAAGAUUUUUUCGUUUUCGAUGUAACAAAUGGCAUCACUUGGUUAAAAGACUUGCAAAUGGAAAUAAUUAUUAUUCCCGAUCAUUUUUACGUGAAAACUGUACCUCUUGAAGUUGUUGAAGGAAAAAUUAUGGAACUUACUCCAAAUAAUUUUGUACCCAUUGCUGAGUACUACAAAUCAAAAAUAUUAGAAUACAAAAUAGUUGAGCAACCAAAAUUUGGGUCAAUACUAGUUGGAAAAUUUAAAGUCAAUCGUUUCACUCAAAAGCAAUUGGAUAGUUUGAGCGUUUUUUAUGCUCAUGAUGGUGGUGAUGAAGUUUUUGAUUCAAUAAGUUUUAUGGCUGUUGUUAAGAAUAAAGAAAGUCACAUUUUUCAAUUAAAUGUUACUAUAACACCUGUAAAUGAUGAACGACCUUAUAUAGCAAUUAACAAUGGAAUAGCAGUUUGGCAGGGUGGAAAAUGUAUCAUAAAAAAUACUGAUAUUUUGGCUAAGGACAAAGAUAGCCCUUCUGAUGAAUUAGUAUAUGUAGUAGAAUAUAUACUUGGUGGAUAUUUAAUUAAUAAAUUAGAUAAAUUUUCAAAGAUCCAUUCGUUCACUCAAUAUGAAAUCGAUUCAAAUGAAAUUGUAUUUAUUCACGAUAACAUCUCAACUCAUGCUAUGAUAUCAUUUAUUCUAACUGACGGAACGUUUAAUACAACAAAAACUGAGCUAAAUGCAACAAUCCAGCCAAUUUAUAUUACUACGGUGAUAAAUAAAAAAAUGCAAAUUUUCCCACAUACUAAAAGUGCAAUAACUAAAGAAAACUUGUAUUACAUUUGUUCAGAUGGAGAGCGGGAAGUGACAUACAUGUUGACUUCCUAUCCGAAAUACGGUAAUAUCAUAUACUUUGACGCUGAAAAUAAUAUUUUGAAAAAUGUGACAGAAUUUAUGCAAGACGACAUUCAUAACAAUUUUAUAUAUUAUGAAAAUACAAUUUUCCUUUCUGAAUUACAAGCGGAAGAUUCAUUCAGUUUUAGUGCGGUGAUUGAACCUUUUAUAGAAAUUAGUAAUCAAAAAUUUGAUAUAGAGUUAUCAGUGUCGGCUGGUGGGCUUUUAAAAUUUUUAAAUAUUGUUCCAGUUAAAGUUACUGAAGGUGAAUUUAGCGCAAUUGAUUUGAACUUUACAAACAUGUCAAAAUACUUACAAAACAAAGGUGGUAUAAAUAAUGCAGUUUUAUAUGCAAAAUGUAAAUCACAACCAUUACAUGGAACCGUAAAGUAUUUAGGAAGCAGUAAAAGAAAUCCCAAUACAUUCUAUGCUGACGAUUUUUUAAAGAAAAAUGUAAUUUACGAGCAUGAUCAUUCCGAUACCAUCGAUGACUUAAUCGACAUGACAGUAUUUUUGGAAGAACGAAAUCUUUUGUUAUGUAACAUUACGAUACCAGUGGAAAUUGCUCCAGUAAAUGAUAGACCUUUCACUUUGAUCACCAAGCAUCCCCAAAUAUCUCUUGUCGAGGGUGAGAAUGCAACAAUCACUAAAACAAUAUUAUAUACCGAAGAUAGUGACACACCACCUGAAGAAAUUAUCUACGAAAUAAUAAGUGGUCCUAAGUAUGGUUACCUUUUUAAGGAAAAUUGCAAAAGCACAAGCACACAUCCAAUGCAUCACAUAAAAUAUUUCACCCAAGAAGAAAUUAAUGAUGAAUGUAUCCAUUACGCUCAUAGUGGUUCAGCCGAGUCGACAUCCUUUUAUUUUAAAGUUUCAGAUGGAAAAUUCUUGCCUAUCUUUGAAAUCUUUAAUAUUAACAUUGAGCCAAUAUACUUUAGGGAAACAAAUGAGUCUUACAGGAUUAUUCUACCACAAGGUGUUUUUACAGCAUUCUUGGAAAUACCAGAUAUUUCAUUCAAAACAAAUGUUAAAAAGAGUAGACUUCUUUAUAAUGUUACCAAUUCUCCUGAGCAUGGGAUUAUAUUAUUGAAUAAUCAACCCACUCUAUACUUUUCGCAAACUGAUAUUGAAAAUAAAAAAAUUGUAUACAUGCAAACGGAUAUAAAUAAAUCGUUAGAUACUUUUCAGGUAAAUACUUAUAUAACGGACUCUUCUCUUCAAGGCGUUAUUAUAAAUGCUACUGUCUUAGUCGAACCAUUAGCUAAAAUAGAAUCAUUACAAAUUCUACCAGAACAAAGUAUAUAUAAAUUAAAUUUAGAUAAAGAACAUUCCAAUGAUGUAUCAAGUAAAAUCAAUGCAAAAUUCUUCAUAACAUUUAUGCCUAAAACUGGUUCGAUAAAAAAAAUUAUACGAAGUUCCGAAAAUACCCAACAUGAUAAAGAAAGAGAUGUGAACACCUUUUCAUUAAACGAACUUAAAAGUGGAAUAAUUUAUUUUGCAUUUAACAAAACACUAAAAGAGCAUUUAUUACAUGACUUUUUUGAAUACAUUCUACUCGUUCCUGCAGCUCAGCCGGCCAAAUAUAAAGUUAGUAUUGAUAUUAUACGAGAAGAAGAAUAUCAUGCUAAAUGGAAAUAUAAAAUUAUAUUAAUUAUUGUGUUCUUAAUAUUAACAAUCGUUGCUGUAUUUUUAAUAAUUUUAAUUAAAAACCUAAAGAAGAAAAAAGUAAUGACAAAAAUGCUGCAUCACCGCCAUGAUGAACAUCCACCAGCAUUACCGAUUCCCCCAGAAUUUUCAAAAUCUCGAACAAAGAGUUUUUCAACAACUGAUACCGAAAAAUACUCACCAAGUAUAGCAACCUUAAAACCUGGAAUGAGUAAUAUACCAAAUUGUCGUAUUAUAAAUAUUGACAAAAGAAAAAAUUUACUUGAUUCGGGAUCUGAGCAACAAAGCGACUAUCAAUUCGAUUUUAAAAAAGAUAAUAUAAAUGAUGAUCAAUACGAAUAUUAUAAGAAUUCUGACGAUUGGAGUAUAUCUAAUAAUGAAAUUGGUGACACUUCUAUGCCUACUUGCCAAUCACCACAGAUAAACAUUAAUCCUUUAUUACGUCGUAAUCAAUAUUGGGUUUAAAAGUGGGCAUUUAAGAUAUUUUUAUUUUAAUAUAAAUAUAUUUUUUUUUCAAUAUUUUUUAUUUCAUUACUUUAGAUUUUUUUCGCGUGUUAUAUUUUUUGACUAUUCCUCAAUAAUUAUACAUAAUUUAAUUUUAGUAAUAAUUUUGUACUUAAGUAAAAAUAACAAUUAUUAUUACACAUCUAUUUUAAAAAUUACUAAUACUAUUAAAUAUACUUAAUUAUUUUAUAUAUUUAAGAUUUUUUAAUAAAAGUCAAAAUUUUAAA